AACAGAUAGGAGGUCCCGUACCCGACUUUAACCCUCCUCCUCCUGCGACGACCACCACACAAGGAAAUGCGACACCGUCUUCGCACCUUUAUGCAAACGAUUGUGCUGGCUGACGGCUCUUCUAUUCGGACACCUACUUUCUUGAGUAAGAAUCAACCGCGGGUGCUUUUAGUGAAGACGGACCCUCGGGCCCAGCAAAUAGCGGCGGAACAGCGGAGUAGGGAGGGGGAGCAGGCCCGAAGGACACAGCCAGCACCGCAAGAAAAACAGGAAUAAGACGGGUGUGUGACGUACGGAGAAAGUGUGCGUGGGAAAAUGUAGGGGAAAGACGCAUAGACGAGCGAAAGGCCUGACAUGCCCUUUGGUUUCUCUGCUAUAACUUUGCAGAAAAAAGAAAGAAAGGAAGGCCUGUGGGCGUUCUUCGUGGCGUAAGCACACCUGGGAAGUGAUGGCUGUUUACAAACAGCGAUGCCUUUCCUGCGCCCUCUUCAUCCUCCUUCACAUUUCGUCCUUCUCGGCCCAAAUCCUCCCAUCCCAUCCCUCCCUCCGAAUCCAUCGCUUUCCUUCCUCCUCCUCCU